CAAAAUGGCUGCCACAGGGCGUGUGGCAUGGGCAUAGCCAGGGUUUUUGUUAGGGGGGGGUAGCCAAAGUUCUUGAGCUUUUUUAAAGUAGAUCCUCCCCCAAGUUAUUAAGCCUUUUGGGGGGAAAUCAUGGGUAAAUAUAUACCCCCAAAAGAGGAUAUUACGUGGGGCAGGCUUUGGUUGAGAGGGGCAGGCUUCUCCAGGGGGCAUAACCUCAGUUGACUGAGUACUUUCAAUGGUUUUCAAAUAAAUGUGUGGCUGCCCUGGGCUGGGGCACGUCCCCACACUUCCGCUGUGCCAGCCUCUUGGUGGUACCCAAAUUCCUGGGGAAAGAAGGACGGAUUUACAUCCUCACCUAUGUCUUGGCAAGGGUCUUUGAUGGUCCGGUGGCAAAUACCCGUCACAACCUGGGCGAAGUGGUGCGUUCCAUCAGCUGCACAGUGGAGAUGCAGAUUGACAAUGCCAAGCGUGCCUGGAAGAUUUCGCUGUCCCCUCUACGCAAGAUUCUCAAGGACAUGGUGAGGAGCGGCAAGACCCUGAGGUCCGAAACCAGGGACGUCUCACGUUCCUUCUCAGAGCUGAACGAGCAGGUGGCCAGCGAGGCAGGCCUUGGGGUUCGCUCGGUGAGGUCGGCGGUGCACAAAGCCAACCCUUCCACACAGGAGAUCUACGAGGCCAAGACCCGGAUGCGCUGCACCCAAAUUAUAGACCAAGCCAUCAAACGCUGCCAGAGCUGGUUUGCAGUUAAGCAUGCAUCUUGCAUGCGGACAAUUUCCGUGCCCUUCAUCAACCACCUGCUUUGCAUUCCUAUGAAGUUCAGCUUCCUCUGCCACUUUGCCAAGAUUAUGCACACUUGGUGCCACGACAAGAUUCCUGUGGAAGGGAACUUUGGCCAAACCUACGACCGGGUUAACGAUUCCGUGGACAGUUUAAACCAGGACUUCACAGCCAGUUUAGCUGUCAAGGAAGAACACCAGACCAUGCUGGUCGGUGCCAACCUCUCCCACAGACACCUGGUGGAUGAAGUCAACGAAGAGGUGGCCAAGCAGGGCGAGCGCCUGAGCACCUCCAUGUCUGUGCUUCGGGUCCUCCUCUCCUGCAUGUUCAUCAUCGUCUUUGCCUCGGCGUUCUCCUACACAAACAGCUACACGCAGGACAUUCGCUUCGACAAUCUUUACAUAUCCCGCUACUUCCGGCAGAUAGACGCCCGACGUCGGAAGCAGAAGAAGCGGACACUUCUGCCCUUGCGGCGUGCCGAGCAAAGCAGUCUCAUCGACCCCCUCCGCCUCGCUUUCCAGCCGCCCGAGACCAAAAAUAUGAUGUCAGAAUUACUGGGCUGUUUGCCAGCAUCGCUCUUCGUGAUCAUUGCCUGCGUCCUUGACUUCCUGCUGUAUACCAUAUUCAGCACCAUCAAACACCACUCCUUUGUGGAGUAUUCUUUCCGCAGCAGCCACCACUUGGAAGUCAUAGUCGGAGGGAACACCAUGAUGGCCCGUCUCCUGCGCAGCACCAUCGGGGCCCUGAACACCUCCUCGGAGAUGGUGAUGGAGACAAACAACCUGCACUGCUUGCCGGAAGCGCAUGGAAUGAGCAAGGAGCAGUACAUGAGCUGCGUCACACCGCUGGGCGCCCUGAUCCUGCUGUGCUUCGCGCAGGUCUACGUCUUCCGCAUCCGCCGUGUCAUCGCCGCCUUCUUCUUCCCCAAGAGGGAGAAGAAGCGCAUUCUCUUCCUCUACAACGAGAUGCUCCGGCAGAGGAUGGCUUUCAUCAUCGUGCAGCGGAAGCGCAUCAUCCUGCGCGUGCGGCAGCGCAAAAGACUGGAGAAGCCCUUCCUGGACAGGCUGGGCCGCUGGCUCCCGUUCCUCCAGCGGUUUCUCCGCAAGUACUGCAUCCUCUGCGGCCUGCCCCAAUCCAGCAACUCCAAAUUGUGCCCAGACCCCGAGUGCGGGACCCUCUACUGCCGGAUGUGCUGGCAGGACAUGGGGCGGGUCUGCUUUGCCUGCAGCCCUGAGGAACUCCUGUCCUCCGAUGACAGCAGCGAGGACCAGACAGGCUAUGCAGAUUGAGGCAGUCAAAAUGGCACCCACCCCGCUUUUUUGUUAUUAAAUGUUUGGUUUGGUUGUU